GAACCACCAGCAUCUGCGUCCACAGCCGCGCUACCAUGAGCACUACCAGUUGACAGAACUCCACCUUGCCUGGGCAUCGACGGGGCACAUGGGCUUCACGAGACCUCUUUGCCUGUUCAGAGCCCUUCCUGCCUCAGACACUCUUCUGUACAAGUACCCUCGCACCGCUCGUCUUGUGCAGCUGUCCCACAUUCUCUCCCUUCAUCACAGAUACACGUUGAUCAACGGACCUGCCACAACCACCGCAGGUCACCACCACAGACGUCACUUGUCUCGACUUCCCUGGUUACCACCGGUGCCGCGUCUGAGAUCAAGAAGUGUGCCCGCAGCAUUCACCACCGCAACAUUGAACAAGUCACCCGCCUCUGUCUCGCCGGCCUUGCCAGACAUGGCGAUCCUCAGGGUUCCCUUCAAAGAGCAGGAUCCGCAGGAGAUUGCCGAGCUUGUGCGCAAUCUUGCGGAUCCCAAAACCAAAUCCAAGAAGGGCAUCAAGGCCAAGAAGACGACAUUUAAGAUCCAGGGCUCGCCCGACGGCAUUUCUGUAGACUCUUGGAGAUUGCAGGACUGGGACUACAAGCGGCCAGACCUGCCCACGUACGCGCGAGGUCUCUUCACCACAAGGAACCGCCGCGGUGAGGCUGAGAUUGCUGUCCGUGGCUACGACAAGUUCUUCAACGUCAACGAGGUCUCCGAGACCAAAUGGGAAAACAUCCACAGGAAGACCCAGGGCCCUUACGAGCUCACGCUCAAGGAGAACGGCUGCAUCAUCUUCAUCAGCGGCCUCGAAGACGGCACCUUGCUAGUAUGCAGCAAGCACUCGACAGGUGACCGCACAGACAUCGACGUCAGCCACGCCGGCGCUGGUGACAGGUGGAUCGACAAGCAGCUCGCCACCAUCGGCAAGACGAGGGAAGAGUUUGCCCGCCAUCUCAGAAAACGCAAUGUCACGGCCGUGGCCGAGCUGUGUGAUGACGAGUUCGAGGAGCAUAUCCUGGCCUACGGUCCCGACAGAGCUGGCCUCUAUCUGCACGGCAUCAACGUCAAUGUUCCAGAGUUCGUGACGUACCCGAGCGACUUGGUGCAGGGCUUUGCGGACGAAUGGGGGUUCCGCAAGGUUGGCCUGCUCACAUACCCGGAUACAGAAUCCGUGCAGAAGUUCCUCGAUGGUGUUGCAGAAUCAGGCGCACAUGAUGGCCGGGACGUCGAAGGCUUUGUCAUCCGCUGCAGGAUGUCUCCUGAUCCGGAAAGGAUCCCAUUCGCCGACUGGUUCUUCAAGUACAAGUUCGAAGAGCCCUACUUGAUGUAUCGACAGUGGCGAGAAUGCACAAAGGCCUUGAUUGCCGGCAAGCCUCCCAAGUAUAAGAAGCACAUCAAGAUCACCGAGGAGUACCUGCGGUACGCGCGGAAAGUUCUUGCCCAGAGCCCAGAGCUCGGCAAGCUGUACAACCAGAACCAUGGCAUCAUCAAGCUCAGAGACGACUUUCUCCGGGAGAAGAACAUCAAGGGUGCCGAUGCGGCGAACAUGGAGGACGAUGAUGAGAGCAAGCUUGUCACACAUAACGUGGUUCUAGUGCCAAUAGCGACCAUUGGCUGUGGCAAGACCACAGUCGGCAUGGCCCUGACACACCUAUUCGGCUGGGGCAUUGUCCAGAACGACAAUAUCCAGGGCAAAGGCCGCCCGGCACAGAUGGUGACACAGCUCAUGAAGCAGCUCAUGGAGCACCCUGUUGUCAUAUCGGAUCGCAACAACUCGGAACGCCGCGAGCGGGACCAGAUUAUCGCCGAUGUCAAGAAGCAGAACGGAGACGCCCGCCUUGUCGCCCUCAACUUUGCCCACAGUGACAUAGACGAAGUGCGAAGAGUCACACGCGAGCGCGUGCUCAAGCGCGGCGACAACCAUCAGACGAUCCAAGCCGCGUCCGAGGAGAGCAAAGUCAUAGGCAUCAUGGAGAACUUCAUCUCGCGCUUCCAGCCAUGUGAGCCGGACCAGAUGCCGGACGCUGGAUUCGACAUGAUAAUCGACCUUGACCCGGCUCAGGGCAGCCGUUCCAAUGUCGAGAUCGUGGUGAACGAGCUGCACAAGAGAUAUCCUGCGCUCGUCCCGAAUUUACCCAGUGCUGCAGACAUGGACGAGGCCGUCAAGGCGGCGAUCGAGGAUUACACCCCCUUGCUGCGACACAAGAUCCCGGAUCGCAGCAGCAACAAGAACAACAGCGCCAAGAAGAAUGAGCCGCAGGCGCAGACAUCCAAGAAGCCGAAGCCACUCGAGUACAUGUCCGUCUCCGUCCCUGCCAAAGACGUCACCAGCACUCUCGAGACGGCAUUCAAGGGUGCCGGUCCCGACGAACAAAAGAUGUACCGUCAGCUGCAACAGACCCGUCGUGUGCAGCCUCUUUUCCACGUGACGCUCAUGCAUCGCGCCUCGGCGGAUCAGCACUCUGAGCUCUGGCAGCACUACAAGACGCUCCACGCGGAGAAAAGUGCAGACUCUGUAGAUGGCAAGAUGGGCGAGUGCGAGGUCAUGCUUGAGAGCGUGGUGUGGGACGACCGGAUCAUGGCUGUUGUGGUGCGCCUUGUCGAUCCCGCAGAGCAGUGGAAGUGUGUCAACAAGGUCGCCCACAUCACCAUUGGAACGCGGGACAACUCGGUGAAGCCCAAAGAGAGCAAUGAUCUUCUGGCUCGCUGGCUCGAGAAGGGCAGUGGGAGCGACACGGGGAUCGGCGAACGGCCAAUUGAGGGCAGACCCAUCCUCAAAGGCACAGUUCGAGGCGUCCUGGCCAGAUAGAUCAGCAGAUGUGAGAUCGGCAUUCGUGGACUGGUUGAUGGAAACCGACAAGGGUCUUGCAUUUACAUGUAUGAAGUUAGUAAAAGGAGAAAAAGCCACAGACACAUAGCUUCACAACCAGCUC